AUGGCAAUCAAAGAGCCAACAAGCCUUGCCGGGCAGGCACUCGCUGACUCCGCGUUGCUCCAAAAGAUCGACAAGCUCUUUGAGUGUAACGUGGGUGACUAUGUGGACCUCCCUCAGCUCGUCGUUGUUGGAGACCAGUCGAGUGGCAAGAGUUCCGUUCUGGAGGGGUUGACCAAGGUCAACUUCCCUCGUGACAGUGGUCUUUGCACCCGUUUCGCGACGAAAAUUACCUUUCGUCGAGACCUGAGCGUUCCACAAAGGGAGAUCUCCGCGUCGAUCGUUCCAUCGGCCCAGGUCGAUGAGGAUGAAAGACAUAAGCUACAAGCAUGGAAGGCUGCUGAUCUUCAAUCUCUGAGUCCGCAGGAGUUUUCUAAGAUGAUGCACGAGGUCCAUGAGCAAAUGGGUAUCUCUACUCAAGAUGGCGAUAAAAAGCCUACAUUCUCGAACCACGUUCUACAAAUCGAUAUCAGGGGCCCAGAGGAAAGCCACCUCAGUGUGAUCGAUGUGCCCGGUAUCUUCAAAAACACAGCAUCGGGUCGCACGACCAAGGAAGACAUUGCUUUGGUCAGGAACAUGGCCUUGGAAUACAUGAGAAAAAGCCGAUCGAUUAUGCUGGCUGUUGUCCCUGGAAACGUGGAUAUUGCAACUCAGGAGAUCAUUGAGCUGACACACGAUGAAGACCCGGAGGAACUGAGGACUUUGAAGAUCCUCACCAAGCCAGACCUUGUGGACAAAGGUGCGGAGCACAAGAUUGUGGAGCUCAUCAAUGAUGGAAAUGCGCAGGGUCAACUGGGCUGGAUCCUCGUGCGCAAUCUGAGCCAGCAGGAUAUGAAUGACGGAAAUGUGGAUCGCGACAACGCAGAAGCAGCCUUCCGUCAGAGCUUGCCUUGGAGCCAGGUGCCCUUGGAGAACUACGGCAUCAAAGCGUUGAAGGUCAGACUCCAGGAAUUGCUCACGGCGAAUGUGCGCCGCCAGUUCUCAAAGGUUCGUGACGAAAUCACAAAAAAGCUUCAGGAGACCAAGGAAGCUUUGGACUCCCUUGGUGAUCAACGUGAUACCCCAGAAAGGCAGAGAAGAAUUCUUUUGGAGAUGGCCGCGGCGUUCCAGGACAUCACCGUCCACGCAAUAACUACAAAUUACGGAGCGCACAAGAUUUUCGAUUCGGACGAGCAUACUCGCCUGGCAACCUUGAUCGCCACGAGGAACAGCGAGUUCUCGGCUGACGUCGCAGUUGCCGGUCACACAUAUGAUUUUGGCUCACCUUUCAAGGACAAGUUGCCGCACGUACUUCCGUACAAAGAAAACACGAAACAAUCCCGAAAGCAUAUCAGAGAUCUUGAGGACAAUGAUAUUCGGGAGAUUCUGGUUGAGUCUCAACCCGUCCAGCUUCCCCAUAAGUAUGGUAUUCUCCCUUGGGUCAAAGAGGUCUACGAAGGUGGACGAGGCUUUGAGAUUGGCACAUUCAACCACAACAUUCUCUCAACUUUGAUGAAGAAACAAACUGUCAACUGGCCCACCAUAGCUUGGGGCUACAUCAGCGACAUCAUUUCCUAUGUUCACCUGUUCAUCCAAACAGUUAUUCGCAAGAUUUGCAAGAACAGUCAGAUUUGUGCGAAUAUCCUUUCAAUGCUCAGGGAGGGUCUUUUGAAAAACUACUCCCGAGCGGUCUCGAUGGUUGACUUUCUGCUUGACAUUGAGCGAGAAGGAACUCUCGUGACUUUGAACCACUACUUGAAUGAUAACCUUGAAAAGUGUCGUCAAAAGCGACUCCUGGAGCAGGUGAGCCCAAAGUCUCUCGACGAUUGCAGUCACGGGAGAGUCGUGCGCUUGGCCGACGUUGCCACCCAACACCACAUGAGCAACGUGGACCACACAGUCCAAGAUAUCCAUGACAUCCUUGAGUCGUACUACAAAGUGGCUCGUAAGAGGUUCGUGGACAAUGUCUGCAUGCAAGCUGUCGAUCAUUACCUGAUCAGUGGCCCUGAGACACCCAUGAAACUGUUCUCUUCUACUUGGAUCAGCGAUCUCUCGAACGAGGAGCUGGAUGAUAUCGCUGGAGAAGACAUGGGUUCCAAGAGGAAGCGUCGACAGCUGAAGAAGAAAAUCAAGGACCUGGAGGCCGGAAAGAAGGUGGUGCUGGGAUGA